AUGGAUGCUGUCUACGAGAAUCAUUUUCGACGUGAUAAUGUUAUGCGUGAUAUGAAUAAAGCAUAUCUUGCUUUCAAGAGUGCUUCUUGUUCAUCAAAUUACAAAAUUGUAACUGGUCAUUGGGGUUGUGGUGCAUUUCUUGGUGAUAAAACACAUACAUUUUUACAACAAGUUUGUGUAGCUGCUACACUGCCAAUGGUCAAGUUGACCUAUUCUGUUUUUAUGGACGAAAAUUUGGCAACGAAAUUUAGAUGGUUAUUGAAGAAAAUUAAUGGAAAAAUGAUUAAAGAAGUAAUGGAAGAUGAAGAUAUGAUUGAAUAA